GUGUAGUCCAUGAUCCCAUAAGGUCUCCAGAUGCUGAUUUAUCUGAAACGGCAACUGCAGAUGUUCUUAGAGACUUACUAGUACAGAAACGACAUGUAUUACUCUCUAAGCUGCAGUCUCAGGAUUCAGAAGCUGGAGAUGCUGUACCAGGAUCAGAGGGACCGCCAUCUUGUGGGGCAAGUGACACUGGUUCUAUUAUCACUAAUCCUGCAUUUCAAAGACAAAGAGUAUCAAAUCAGUCAUACGAUCUACAGUAUCAGACUCCGAACUUGAGCAAGGCAUUUUUCCCCGUGGCUCCAAAAGAACCUCAAGUAUGUGGUCUAGUAAAUCCUCACUUUCUACUGGAUUUAGGUACCAUGCUGGUAACAUGAUACCAACUUCCACAACACCCUCACCAGAUUCUGGGAGAACAUAUCUAUUUGAAGGCCUGAUUGGUAAAGAAAGAUCACCAUUAUGGGACCAGAUGCAGUUUUGGGAAGAUUGUUUCCUAGAUGCUGUUGCUCAAGAACGAGAUAUGGUGGGCAUGGACCAGGGUCCCAGUGAAAUGAUGGAAAGGUAUAAUAAUUUAAGUGAAUCCGAGAGAAAAAGGUUGGAACACGAAGAGGACAGAUUGCUAUCAACUAUGUUAUAUAACCUUGUGGCCUUCAUGGUGAUGGUGAAUGUGAGAAAAGAGGACAUAAAGCGAAAAGUGCGAAGACUUCUUGGCAAGUCACACAUUGGCCUUUGUAUCAAGCCAAGAAGUGAAUGAGCUGCUAGACCAGAUAAAC